AAAAGUCUCUUAAAAAAAAAAACUUUCUCGUAUACUAACAAUUACAACUCGUUGUCAUCGUGCAAUGUGUCUUUCUUGUCGGCCAAUCACGUGCCGACAAAAAUGGGCUUGUAUGAAACUGUACUCUCCCUGGCCAUCGCGUGCCGUUUCUCGUACACCUUGGCCAUCAUGUGCCUUUACCCCCUGGCCAUCGCGUGCCUCUACCCCCUGGCCAUCGCGUGCCUUUACCCCCUGGCCAUCACGUGCUUUCACCCCGGCCAUCGCGUGCCUCCUUUACACCCCUGGCUAUCAUAUGCCUCCUUUACCUUGGCUAUCAUAUGCCUUGUUCCUCACGGCCACCAUGCGCCCAUUCAAUCGAAUCAAAACUGGAACUACACCGUCCCCCCUACUUGGCACUGCAGCAAGCAGCAGCAGCUUUCAUAACAGCUCAACCGCAGUACCUUGCAGCUUCGCAGAAGCGUCCGUAUACUCCUGCAGAGGACUACUCAUCCAGCAACAAGAAGUCUGUCUGGGAAGACACCCGCACCGCACCAUUGAGUGUACGGCCAAGCAAACAUGGGACAAGAAGUUCGAGACCUGCGCAGAGCGCAUCCGCAAAGGCCUUUGGGCUAAAGACGGGAAACAACUCUGUACUGCUUGGCAGAGGGAGGAAGGAUGCACAACGCCAAAACACGAUGCGCGCCACGCCUGUUCAGGCUGCGGAGCCGCUACGCACGGAGCCCAAAGAUGCCCUAGAGCGCAGAAAGCAGAUGCCGCUGACGCCAUACAAGGCUGACGCAUGGGAACAGGAACUUCGAAGAGCAGGACUUCUUGGGCGUUUCGCCAAGAUACCAAACGGCCUCCGGUUAGGUUUUGAGAUAGAUUUUCCUCCUGUCAGAUUUAUGCAGGUUCCGCCAAAUAAAAGUUCGAUUACCGAGUA